AUGGCUGCUCCUAACGUUCUCACUUUUGAUGCUGAGGGUCGGGCUGUCGACUUUGAGGUCUGGGUAGAUGACCUACAGCUUUGCCUACAGUGCGUUAGGACAGAUGGUCUCUCCCUGUUCGAUCUCACGUCUGGCGCCUCUCCUGCACCUCCUGCCGAUGCUGACAGCACUGUUCGCUCACAGUGGGCCACACGUGAUGCUGCUGCCCGUCUUGCUGUUCGUAGUCACUUGCCGUCCUCUGAGCACGCGCACUUUGGUCAGUAUAAAAGCGCUAAGACCCUAUACAACGCUGUAGUUUCACGCUACUCUUCCCCUACCACUGCUGCUCUUAGUCGCCUCAUGCUGCCGUACCUGGACCACUUCCUCUCUGUUUGCCCCGCCACACUCACCGUGGACCUCCUUGCGGAGCGCCUCCUGGCAGCUAAGAAGAGCAUAGUUGCUGUAGGAGCCUCUCGUGGUGACCCUCGUACUCCCUUCUUUGAGGGGUGUUCCCCCUCCCCCCUCCUGCCCUCUGUUGCCUCUACUGGUGCGGCCGACCUCGUUGGCCUCGAGUCGGUUGGAGCUGCGUCUGCCCCUAGCGGGAGACGCCGCACCAGCAAGGGCAAGGGGUGCAAGGGUGCUGGAGGAGCUGGCGGGGGCGGUGGAGGUGGCGGUGGAGGCGGUGGAGGGGGUGGGGGCGGUGGUGGGAGUGGUGGCGGGGGUGGGGGCGUCGGUGGCGGCAGUGGAGGCGGAGGAGACGGCGGCGGUGGUGGUGGGAGCGGAGGAGGCGGAGGUGGCGGCGGCGGCGGAGGUGGCGGCAGCAGCGGUGGGAGUGGUCGGGGCGGCUCUGCGUAG